AUGGCUGAGCCGACUGUGCUGCGGAAAGAUCAAUUGGAGAUCAGUCUGGUCAAUGAACAGAAACUAAUCAAAGAGGGUACCAUCAAAGAUGAUAACCCGCUGGAUCUCAGUGAGCCGUUUCGUCAACUAUGCAAUGCAUGUCGUCAGGGAGAUUUGAAAGUCUGUCAGGAGAAAAUCACCGAGGGUGUCAAUGUUAAUGCGCGUGAUCCCUAUGAUUACACGCCAUUGAUCUUAGCCAGUCUAUGUGGCCACUAUGAAGUUGUAAGACUUCUUCUGGAGUCUGGUGCGCUGUGUGAGCGAGAUACUUUUCAAGGUGAAAGAUGUCUCUAUAACGCCCUAAAUGAUCGGAUACGAAACCUCCUCCUCGAAUAUGAUUUCUCCAAGUCCACCGAUCCCUUGCAGCCACUGGCUGCACAUAUAACUUCACUUCUUACUCGCGAAUCUCCGGUAACAACAGAUAUUGUCGUGACCGCAUGCGACCAAUCCCUCCACCUUCACAAGUUCAUACUCGCGGCACGCUCUCCAUAUUUCCAUGCCAAACUUGCAGCCGCCCCAGAAUCUGCAACAUGGAAACUCCCGAAUACCAUCCCACCGGAGGCAUUCGGGGCUGCCGUCAAAUAUCUCUACCUUGGUGAAGCUCCUCGGGACUUGCGGAGUGGACCAGGAACGGGGUUCACCGAGUCCGAGACUUUCGCGGGGGUAGAUAGGAUCUCAAAGUACUUGGAGAUCCACAAUCUUCUAGACAGUAUCCUUGAUAGUGGAGAUAGGAGGCGUGCCAGACAAAGGAGAGCGGAUGAGCUCGCCAAGGGCCGAGACCAGAUGGAACAAUGGUUCCAGAAGAAUAUCCUGGGGAACAGGCUUGAAGUCGAGACUUCAAAAGCGAAAGAAGUGAAAUGGGAUCGAAACAAUGCAAUCUUUGCCGAUGUUAUUCUAAGGGCAGAUGAACUCCCCGACGAAGGGGAUGACAUUGAUCCAUCAGAGGUCACCAAUGGCACAUCCAGUUCGAUUCCUAUUGGCCCUACUGUCACCGCGAAUGAAAAGCCUUUCGAUGCACCGAAAUCAAUACUCUUUCCCUGUCAUCGUGCAAUGCUUCUGCGGUCGGAGUUUUUCCAAAGGAUGUUCACAUCCGCCUUCCGGGAAGCUUACCUGCAUGAGCAUCUGACGAUAAUCAACAUUGACUGCUCGCCUGAGGUGUUGGAGAUUAUCCUUACAUUCUUGUACACUGAAAGAGCUGAUUUCUCUUUGGAUAUCGCGGUCGAUGUGCUAUUCGCCGCCGAUAUGCUUUUCAUUGAGAAGCUGAAGACAAAAGCUGCCGUGGUCAUCAGCACCCUGGGCAGUGCUGGAAUAUCGCAGACUGAGGCCGCGAAAACCCGGGGAAUGAUAAACGAGGAAGACAUUGACAUUUAUUCGAUUAUACGGGCUGCAUGGUUGACGCGCGUGCAGCGAUUGGAAGAAUUUGCUGCUCGAUAUCUGGCAUAUCGACUGGAGGCGCAUAUAGAUACUCCAGAAUUUGCGGAGUUAAUCCAAGAAUCAGCAUCUCGUAUCAAAGCCAGACAGGAGACGGAUUCGAUUGAAAUUCUGGAUGAUAUCCGGUUCUAUCUUGGAGAACGCUUCAGAUUGAGGUUCGACGAGGCUGGCCUCGAGGAGAUGAUGGAAGAAGAGAUAUCCCCGGAGGAUAGCGAUGAAGAUGAACGGCCCGAAGAGGUCACAAAAAUUACAGAAGGCUUCGAGACCCUUGAUGUUUCCAAGGACGGCCCCCGGGCCAAGACCAGCAGCCAGAAGUACAUGUCCCGGAGAUCCGCACUCUGGAUGGCGUGGUUGUUGAGGACGAGUUCUCAGAAGAUGCGAUGA